UCUCUCUUUCGUUCACCAUUUCUGGCGCUUCACUCGAUAAACAAAAAAACCUUAGAAGAGAAAAAAAGCUCUCUAGAUUUUCUCGCAUUUUCUCGUCUCCCAAACAAAGCCUCCACGAAAGCUCGAUUUGUACUCGUCUCCUGGUCUUCACGCUCUCAAACCACACCAAUUUCGCUUCCAAAGUCACCGCUGCAAAAUGUCGCGUCUCUCCGUCUCCAUUUGCCUCUCCUUUUGUUUUCUUACUCCCUUUGUCUUUUCCUCUUCCUCGGCCGAACCGGAAACAUGCUCCGGGAUUGUUCCGGUGAGGUACCGGAACGAUAAGAUCUCAAUAACGGAUUUCGGCGGCGUCGGAGACGGUCGGACGGUGAACACGAAGGCGUUCCGGGCGGCGAUUUACCGGAUUCAGCAUCUCCGGAGGAGAGGUGGUACUCUUCUCUAUAUACCUCCCGGUGUCUAUCUCACUGAGAGCUUCAAUCUGACCAGUCACAUGACUCUCUACCUGGCUAGAGGCGCCGUAAUCAGAGCCGUUCAGGAUACAUUGAAUUGGCCAUUGAUUGCGCCUCUGCCAUCUUAUGGAAGAGGGAGGGAGUUGCCUGGAGGAAGAUACAUGAGCUUCAUUCAUGGAGAUGGGCUUCGUGAUGUGGUCAUCACCGGGGAAAAUGGGACAAUCGAUGGCCAAGGAGAAGUCUGGUGGAACAUGUGGUGGCGAAGAACGCUCAAGUUCACGAGGCCAAAUCUUGUUGAGUUCUUGAACUCCAAGGGAAUCGUUAUCUCUAACGUCAUUUUCCAGAAUUCUCCCUUUUGGAAUAUCCACCCUGUCUAUUGCAGUAACGUAGUCAUCCAUCACGUUACCAUCUUGGCUCCACCGGACUCCCCCAACACCGAUGGAAUUGAUCCAGGGACUUUGAACUUGGUACUAAUGAAAACUGAACCCUGUUUCUUUGCCCUAGACUCGAGCUCCAACGUUUGCAUAGAAGACUCCUAUAUCUCAACUGGAGACGAUCUAGUCGCCGUGAAAAGUGGAUGGGACGAGUACGGGAUCGCCUUUGGCCGUCCUAGCUCAAACAUAACUAUCCGACGCAUAACGGGAUCAUCCCCAUUUGCCGGAAUCGCCAUAGGAAGCGAAACCUCGGGCGGAAUCAAAAACAUCUUGGCCCAACACAUCACUCUCUCGAACAUGGGGGUAGGUGUCAACAUCAAGACAAACAUCGGCCGAGGAGGUUUCAUACAAAACAUCAGAAUCUCCGAUGUAUACGUAGAAAAUGCUCGUUAUGGGAUCAAGAUCGCUGGCGAUACGGGCGAUCACCCCGACGGGAACUAUAACCCGAAUGCUCUCCCUAUCGUGAAGGGCAUAAAGAUCAAUAACGUCUGGGGAGUGAACGUUCUAAACGCCGGUUCUAUCAGAGGCCUCAAGGGUUCACCAUUUACAGGGAUCUGUCUGAGUGAGAUUAACCUCCACGGAAGAUGGAACUCGUAUCCGACGUGGAAGUGUUCCGAUGUUAUUGGAACUUCACUUAAGGUCAGUCCGUGGCCUUGUUCGGAGCUGAGAAGCACCGGGAAAGCCAGUUCUUGUUUGUCCGAAUUCUAGAACUUUCGUUCCACGUUGUAAGUGUUCAAUUUUUCGAAUCAUAUUUUACUCGCUGUGAGAAAAAAAAAAACCCCCCGUCCAUAUGUUAUGUAUUUAUCUAUAGCUUGCGCAUAUCGUUGUAAGCACUAUCACACACGAGUGCACGACGUGUACGAACAAUGAGACCGGACCCAAGUCCAAAUUCCAUUUAUUUAUGUUGUAACC